AUGGACUGGGACGCCGCCUCUAUAGCAACGCCGCCGCCGCGCUAUGACUUAGAAUCGGACGAAGAAGAAAUCGCACCAGAUAACGAGGUUGUUUUUCAUCCGAACUUACAGCUACUAGGAGAUAUGCCUGCUCUGUUAGAACGAUCGCUUGUGGUGCUUCUUGGAAAUGUGGGCACGGCUGUCAUGCUCGCCUCGAAACGCAUUUUUCCUGAAGUGGCCUGUAUAGAUGUCGAUUCUCAUGGAAGAAUCGCAAGCGUUCAUGCUCCAUUUGACACUCAAAUGCCGUGUGUCUUAUCGGUUCCACAAGCUGAGACUAUACCUGUUGUAAUCCAAUCAUUGAUAGCAAAGCUUGUGAUGGAGAAGAUGCGGCCUGUUUCUAUGGUAAUUAUGCAAGGAUAUACGGAAGCAUUGUAUUGCAAUAGCAUGGGAUUGAGUGAGACAGACUCAUCAUUUCAACCGCUUCGUUACCUGUCGAAUGUACCUAUGAAUGCAAGUCCUACUAGACCGAGCAGCGAUGUGGCGCCAUGGGAAACACCCAACAGUUUGUCUGGCUGUGGCGCUGCUUUCUUCAUGCACGCCGUUUACAGACACACGCCUGUUCAGAUAUUCUGUGUACCAAGCGCGCAGGUUGCGCCGCAUCCUAACUAUCAGCGACGUCUUAUGCACUUUGUCGCACCGCACGGACAUCAAUCACUGUCGUCCGAUGAAGCCCGUCGUCGCUUAAAUACGCUCAUACCACCGUUGGAAGAACAUCACUUGAAGACCCUGGGUCCCAUGCUGGGAAAAGGAUCUGAAGCAUGCGAUGGAUCUUCCUCUCUUUUGGUGCACGCAUUGCUUGCCACACUAGCCACUCGCCCAUCUGUUGAGUCCUUGGGCGAGGGUGGCAUGUACAUUUAG